UAAAUUUAUAAUUAAUUAAAUAAAUUCUAAAAUAAUUCCGCUUGAAAAUUCUUUACAAAUUCAUAUUCAUUCCCAAAAAAAUCAUUCUUGAAAUCCGCGAUUUUCAAUCUUAUAAUCUUUUCAAGGAAUCUUAUAAUGAUGUCUAACCUUGUAAGAAAAAGUUCUGGUGUGGCAGGUCAAAUAGCCGGUCAAGUUCAAAUUCAUAAAAUAAGAAGGUAUAGCGGUAGUAGCACUACAGAAAUAAAUAAAUAUAGUAAAAAUAUUACUCAAUCAAAAUCACAAGGAGCUUCUCAAGCAAUGUUAUAUGCAACAGGUUUAAAACUUGAGGAUAUGGAUAAAGCACAAGUUGGAAUCAGUAGUGUAUGGUACGAGGGUAACCCAUGUAAUAUGCAUUUAUUGGAUUUAGCAAAUAAAGUAAAAGAGGGUGUAGCAAAGGCUGGAAUGAUUGGAUAUAGAUUUAAUACGGUUGGCGUUAGCGAUGCUAUUAGUAUGGGUACAAGAGCUAUGUGUUAUUCAUUACAAAGCAGAGACUUGAUCGCUGAUUCAAUAGAAACGGUUAUGGGGGGACAAUGGUAUGAUGCAAAUAUAGCAAUACCUGGAUGUGAUAAAAAUAUGCCAGGUUGUUUAAUUGCAAUGGCACGUCAUAAUCGUCCAUCAUUGAUGAUUUAUGGUGGUACUAUACGUCCAGGAAUUUGUGGAAAAGGGAAUAUAGAUGUCGUCUCAGCAUUUCAAUCAUAUGGAUCUUAUGUUUCUGGAAAAAUUACUGAAGAAGAAAGAUAUGAUAUUGUAAGAAACGCAUGUCCUGGACCUGGUGCUUGUGGUGGAAUGUACACUGCUAAUACAAUGGCAUCGGCUACUGAAGCGAUGGGAAUGUCACUUCCAUAUAGUAGUUCAAUACCAGCAGAAUAUCCAGAAAAAAUUGAAGAAUGUUUAGAAGCUGGUUGGGCUAUUAGAAAUUUGUUAGAAAAGGAUAUUAAACCAAGAGAUAUCAUGACACGUAAAGCAUUUGAAAAUGCAAUUGUUCUUACAAUGAUAUUAGGUGGUUCUACUAAUGCUGUAUUACAUUUAAUUGCCAUUGCUAAAUCUGUUGAUGUACCGUUGAAUUUGGAUGAUUUUCAGAAAAUUAGUGAUAAAAUUCCAUUUUUGGCUGAUUUGAAACCAAGUGGAAAAUAUGUUAUGGAAGACUUACAUAAAAUUGGUGGAAUACCAGCGGUAUUAAAAUAUUUGUUGGAAAAUGAUUUAAUUCAUGGAGAUAUAUUAACAGUAACAGGACAAACUUUAGCGGAAAAUUUAUCAGAUGUUCCAAAACUUUCAUUUGAAGAUCAAGAUGUAAUUCAUCCGUUAUCAGAUCCAAUAAAAUCAACAGGACACAUACAAAUUUUAUAUGGUAAUUUAGCUCCUGAUGGAUCCGUAGCAAAAAUUACUGGUAAAGAAGGUUUGAAAUUUGAAGGUGUCGCAAAAGUUUUUGAAGGCGAAGUAGAAAUGUUGAAAGCUUUUGAAAAUGGUGAAAUUAAGAAAGGACAAGUUAUCGUUAUUAGAUAUGAAGGUCCUCAAGGUGGUCCUGGAAUGCCCGAAAUGUUGACACCUACAAGUGCAAUUAUGGGAGCGGGACUUGGACAAGAUGUUGCCUUAUUAACUGAUGGUAGAUUUUCUGGUGGCAGUCACGGUUUUAUUAUUGGACAUAUAACACCUGAAGCACAAUUGGGAGGUCCAAUUGCUUUGUUAAAAGAUGGUGAUCGUAUUACAAUUGAUACAUAUAAGAAAUCUAUAAGUGUUGAUAUAAGUGAAGAAGAAUUUUCAAAGAGACGUUCUACUUGGAAAGCACCACCUUAUAAAGCUACCAAAGGUACUUUAUACAAAUACAUUAAGUGUGUUAAAACUGCUACUGAAGGCUGUGUGACUGAUGAGUAGAAAAUGAGGGUUACAAAAUUAUUUUUUUUUUGUAAAAUGUAAAAAAACUUCUAAUGAAGGAUUUUUAGUUGUUAAUAACGCUAAAUUAUCUGUUAAAAUUGUUAAAAUUCUUUUGUUUUCUUUUCUUUAUAAAAAAAAAAAAAAUAAUAAAUUCUAUUUAUUUGAUUCUUAUUUUUUUAAAAAAUAAUAAAAUGAACGCGUU